AGCUUAAGAAAUGUUGUCGACUCCAGUUAAGAUGAAGAAAGAGCCAUUUUCGAGUUGGAGACCAAGUCAACAAAGUUGGAAGCAUCGUUUCCAACAACCUUAUCAGUUUCAAUUACCACAAGGUGACAUUCUUACUUUGGAUCAAGCACCCUUUACGAGCAAAACUUCUAAAGACCCAGGUGACACCGGAUGUACCUUGUGGGAUUCUUCUCUAGUAUUGGCACAGUUAUUGUUGAAUAAACCAGAGUGGGUAAAAGAUAAAAGAGUAGUAGAACUUGGAAGUGGAAUAGGGUUAUUGGGAUUCCUCAUUUCUAUCCUUGGUGCACGACAAACCACUUUGUCUGAUCUGGACUCUACGUUGAACUUAUUACGAGGAAAUAUGGUUAAAAAUAAACACUUACUUGGAAACAAAGACAUUCAGAUUAUGUUGAUAGAAUGGGGAGACCAAAAAGUAUUGCAACAACCCACAUUACAAAACACGGAGGUGGUAGUAUGUUCGGACCUUGUAUAUCGAAUGGAAUCAGUGCAACCUCUAGUUUCCACACUUUGCAAACUUUGUAAUCUGAAAACUAAAAUAUUGUUUGCGCAAGACAAUCAUCGACCAGAGGUAACCCAAACAUGGGAACGAACUAUGCAACCUUAUUUUCAUUAUCAUACAAUACCCAAAGAAUGGCUACAUCCGGAAAUACAGUCUGAAGAUAUUAUCGUAAGAAUAUAUCAAAAAAUAGAUUGGUAAAUGAAUGAAUGAUACAAACCCCUUAUCUACUUUUUCCUUAAAGAACUAUAUCACGGAAUCACUUUGAAAGCCUAUUCUAUCUUGCGUAUAUGUCCAAGAUAUCUUCUCUCUCCAAAACUAAUAAACGAUACUGAAAUUCC